AUAGCGAUUGAAACUAAAAUUAUUAAUACUAUUAAUAUAUGAUGCCGCCUAAUAUCACAGAACUUCGUCCUGAUCUUAAGUUGCUUACUAAAAAUUUUGAAGGUUAUAAAUUAUCGUUAGAAACUGUUCCUGUAAUUAAACAUAAACUGCAGCCUAUACAACCCAAUGUAAUUGCACCUAAUGUUGACCAAUAUUCUUUAUUACAUGCUACUUUAUACAGUUUGCAUAAUCAUCUCUUCAAAGAUCCAUUUGAACCAUAUAUUACCUACAUCAUAGAUACGAGCAAUAUUAUUAAUAAAUUUGUGUUCAAUCGUGAAACACAAAGAUUUUUUGUUGGGGACAAUGCUCAGUUCCAACUGCCACAAUCAGAAGACCUGGAUAAAAUCUAUAAUUCAUCGAUGAAAUUUAUUUCAGAGCAAUAUGUUGUUGUAAGUACAGGUUCAAAAAAUAUAUAUCUCAUUGAUACACUAGAACGAACAAAUUUAAACUCAUGGAAAAUCAUAUUUUCUCAAUCAGUUGUAGAAAAUAAUAAUGGAUUUAUUAUAUUAGAUGCUCAUUUAGAAGAAAGUAAUGGACAGAAAAAUGUACAUUGUUUGCUUCAGCAUAUAGAAAAAAAUGAGAAAUCUUUUGAAAAUAGAAUUGAUUGGAUUAUAAUUAAACAAGAUUCUGAACUAACUUGGUCAUUAACAAAAUAUAAAGAGUUACUAGGCAAGGGCACAUUACAAUAUUGUGCAUUAGAAAGCACAUGUAGGGCUGUAUACAUUGCGAGUGAUCACAAAUACAAGUUUAAAUUAUCAGAAGAACAAAUUAAGCAAAUGCAAUUAAAUAAAUCAGAAAAAGAAAUAAGUUUUGAUGAUUUUAUAAACUGGCACCAAUCUGAGGAAGAAGUAACAAUAUUAGUUACGUUUAAAGAAUUUGUAGAUAAAAAGUUACUGAGUGUGGCAACUACAACUGAUUCUUUAAAAAUAGUUUAUAAAACAGGAGAACAAUCUGAAACCUUAUUAGAACUUUUAGAAAAAGUAGAUGUCGGUCUGACAACAUGGUCUAUGGUAGAUGCAAAUAUCUUAGAAAUAGUGUUAUAUAAAUUGAUAUCAAAACCAUGGCAAAAUCUUACAAAAGAAGGAGAAAAAGUAUAUAAAGAAAUACCAAACCCAAUAAAAGUCUCAGAAAUUCACGAGAAAUUAAAACAUUUAUGUUCGGAAGAUCAAAAUGAGAUGUCAGCAAUGUCUUCUGCUCCAAUACAGGAUGAAAUUGAUGAUUGUGAUUUUGAUGCAGAUUAUGACAUCAAAGAUUGGUCACUAGAAAGACUAUGCCCAGAGGAAAAUUUGGCAACCCAUCAUGUUCAUAUUGGUUCGUGUGGACCUCUGUUUAAAUAUUCUUCUGAAUGCAAUACUCCGCCAUUUUUAACAUUGAGGCAUGAUGUAGACGGUUUAGUUUGGGAAAUGCCAAAGUCAGAUCAUAAUUGGCCCCCUAAGCAUAUUGCAACUUUACCUGCAUUUGGAUAUGUUCAAGCUUCUAAGCAAGAUAAAAAAUUUGUGAGUUGUUCUCCGGAUUUCAACUACAGUGUUAUAUGCAAUGGAAAUCGACACAUUUUUAUUUAUUGGGGUGAUGAUAGUAGAAGUUAUCAAUUACAGAAUCGCAAAUCCAAACAAAAAAUGAAAGUCGGUACACAAAAGGUCAUAACUUUAGAUGAUGCAGGUGAUAUUAUAGGUCUUCAAACAGAAAAUGAUAUAAUUCUGGUUUUAACCGUUAAUUAUAUUAUUGCAUUACAACUGAAUUUUGAAAUGGAGCCAUAACUUUAGGUUCUUUUUCUUUUGAUAAUUAUUUAAAUAAUGAAUUGAUUGAA